CUGCUCGGGGGCGGGGCGAAGACGACGCCGGCGGGCGACAAGCUCCUCGCCCCCGACCCCCGCGAGCAGGCAGCCGAGGUCAAGGACUCCGACGAGAGCGAAUCGGACGAAGAGGUCGCCGCGUGGGCGUGGGUGAAGGCCCCCGCCGCGAGCGGGGCGGCCGAUGCCGGCGCCGCGGGCGCUGCCGCCGCGCAGGCUGCCCGCGCGGCCACGGCGGAGGUGCUCGCCGUGCGCGCGGCCCGGGCGGCGCACGGCCCGCCGCCGCGGCAGCCGGGGCCGCAGCCCGCGCUGCAGCAGGGCCUGGCCCUGCAGCUGGGCCAUCGGGCGGCGCGGGCGGACCUGGCGGCCCAGAACGCCGCGGUCCUGGCGCAGGCGCAGGCUCAGGCGCAGGCGCUGGCGGCGCAGCAGGCCCUGCAGGCGCCGGCCGCGCCAGGGCCUGUCGUGCCUGGGCCGCAGGCCGCGGUGGCGGCCGCGGCGCAGGCGACCGUGCUGGUGCUCCACGGCAUGUUCAAGGCGGCGCAGGUGAACCUGGCGACGCACCCAGCGUUCUUCGACGAGAUACACAUGGACGUCGCGCAGGAGUGCUCGAGGUUCGGCUCCGUCCUGAGCGUGUGGGUGGACCGCGCGAGCGACCAGGGCGACGUGUGGGUGCACUUCUUGGACGCUCAAUCUGCCUCCAAUUGCCGGACAGCCCUCGAUGGCCGCUGGUUCGCUGGUAUCCAGGUGGGUGCCGAGUUCAGCUCGGAGGUGGCCUUGGCGCAGAGGAUGGCGGCCGCCACAGCCACACCGGCUUCAAACCAGGGCAGCACGGCCACCAGGGUCGGUACUUGGACGUAA